CGUCCUCCUCCCUUUUCCUUUCCCAAUCUCCUCUCUUUUCCUCCUGCUCCUUCUCCCCCUCACUCCCAAGAGGAGGAUGAGAAGUGCUAGGGAGAAGGGGUGCUGGGAAUGUGGAUGGCGUUAUCAGCACCUGCAGUCUUAGGGCCUGAACACUGGGCUCAUCCUCCCCCAUCCCCGACCCACUUUAUUUUCUGAGAACAUCAAGUAAAUAAAUGAAGAAGGGGAAAAGAAAGCAGAGGAAGCCAGCAGCAGGUACCACACCCUGGCUUUGAAUUGGAGAGAUUAGAGAGCCAAAUGAAGGUAGGGGUCCAUACUCCAAGCUUGCAAAAUGUCAUCUAUCAAGCAUCUCGUCUAUGCAGUUAUCCAUUUUUUGCGGGAACAAAGCCAGAUAGAUACUUAUACUUCAGACGAACAAGAAAGCUUGGAAGUUGCAAUUCAGUGCUUAGAGACAGUUUUCAAGAUCAGCCCAGAAGAUACUCACCUUGCUGUAUCACAACCGCUGACAGAAAUGUUCACAAACUCCUUCUGUAAGAAUGACAUUUUGCCACUCUCAAAUUCUUUGCCUGAAGAUGUGGGGAAAGCAGAUCAAUUGAAGGAUGAAGGUAAUAACCACAUGAAGGAAGAAAACUAUGGUGCUGCAGUGGACUGCUAUACACAGGCCAUAGAACUGGACCCAAAUAAUGCAGUUUAUUAUUGCAACAGGGCUGCUGCCCAAAGCAAACUAGGUCACUACUCGGACGCAAUAAAGGAUUGUGAGAGAGCAAUAGAAAUCGAUUCCAAGUACAGCAAAGCCUAUGGGAGAAUGGGGCUGGCCCUUACUGCUAUGAAUAAAUAUGAAGAAGCAAUUACAAGUUAUCAGAAAGCACUGGAUCUUGACCCAGAAAACGAUUCUUAUAAGUCUAAUUUGAAAAUAGCAGAACAGAAAUUAAGGGAGGUGGCCAGUCCUACGGGUACAGGACUAAGCUUUGACAUGGCUAGUUUGAUCAACAAUCCAGCCUUCAUUAGCAUGGCGGCAAGUUUAAUGCAGAAUCCUCAAGUUCAACAACUCAUGUCUGGAAUGAUGACAAAUGCCAUUGGGGGUCCUGCUGCUGGGGUUGGAGGCCUAACUGAUCUGUCCAGCCUCAUCCAAGCGGGACAGCAGUUUGCUCAGCAGAUACAGCAGCAGAAUCCUGAGCUUAUUGAGCAGCUGAGAAAUCACGUCCGGAGUAGAUCCUUCAGCAGCAGCACCGAAGAGCACUCCUGACUUGUUGGGAGACUCUUCUCCUAGAACUACAAUGUGAAUGGUUUUAUAGGCCUGACAUGUUUGCUGUAGUUAGUUGGGGGGUGGGAGGGGGUAAAGAAAGAAAGAUAGAAAAAAAGAAAGAAAGAAAGAUAGAAAGAACGGGCACCAUUUUAACUCUGCUGCUUGGAAAUGAGAUGAAGAGAAAACCCUGGGUGUGUUUCUUUAAGAAUAAAUCUGUUUAGAAAAUAGAUUUACCAGUCACAGACUUGAACAUAUCAUUGUACGUACGUAGAGUGAUUUCUUUGUAACUGAAUAUUUAAUAGCCUUAUUAACUAGGAUACCAACAUAACGGUUGACAAGAUUCUAUUUUCAGUCUCUAUCCUGUGUAUUAGUAUUGUGUCAGGGCCUCUUCACAGAAGGAAAUAUUAACUGAACACUAGGCUGUUUGUUGGGGAGGGCUUUGGCUCAGAAUCCCUUUGUGGGGACAGGGGUGAGGCCACCUUAUUCCUUUGACCUUCUGGUCAGACAUCUUUUGCUCUAUGUCCCAGAAGCACCGUAUUUGCACCUGAGCAGCAUGGAGCCAGGGCUAACACAGCUCACCCUCGCCCUUACUCUCAGCGAGUUCCCUUCUGGCAUUGCUUGUUCAUGUCAGAGGAUCCAGACCAUAGUUACUAGUGUCAGCUAAUUUAGUAUUAUUCAUGGUAAUGGGUGAGAAAUAAACUAGGAACUGGUGAAAAGGAAAGCUUGGAGUAAUUUAGAGGGAAAAAAAACCAAUGUCAAAGAGCUGGGUAGGGAAGGGGAGAGGAAUGGAGAUUGAGAGGAAAGAGGUAGAUGCCAAAAAUGAAAUUGGGGGUGGGAUGCCCAGAUUUUCUCCGAAAUAGCCCUUAGGGAAUCUUGCCCACAGUGUGGUACUGGUAGGAUUUGCAUGGCCAGCUGUGUUUUGUAUAAAUAUGCAUCCAUAUGCAUAUAUAUGAAUGUGCAUAAUGAAAUAUGCUUAGAAAUCUUUUGUGGUGAUACAUAAGUCAGCUAUGUAAAGGUAUCAUUUAACUAGCACAAUUUUGACCACUGGAAACCUCAUCACAGGCAAAAUAGAAAACAAAACAAAAACCCUUAACAUGGGUCAGUAUGGACAUUAGGUUCAAAUAAAUCAGUGGCUUGGACUUGAGGGUUUUCUAAGUGUAUUUAAUUAUGUUCUAAUAAACAUUGGUUUUUUGAUCUCAGAAA